UUCCGAGUAUUCUCAUCGGGAUCCCAUUUUCAAAAACUCGAUUUGGCCUUGCGUUAAGCACAGGUCUAAAGAAUAUCAGGAGCUGGCUGGCACGGUGCCUGUAGCUCCAACCCUAAACUCGUAUGGCAACCCGCCCCUCAUCUUUGCAAUUGCGAACCAUGAUCGGUUCACCACUCCUCCUUUAGCUGGCUCCAAACUGCUAAAAGCUCUUGAUUUAUACCUCGUAAAUGCUUCACGGAGGACCCUCGGAGUCCACCCAGUCUGCAUUGCGAGCGAUGCAGCAGCUGUGAUAACCACGAACGACGUGCAUUUUGCCCUACUACGCGUCCUUCAUUCUCGACUCGCCCUGCUUUCUCGCUUCACUGUCGCGUCGCAUCCAACAUGUCUCGUAGACAUCAAAUAUUUCAAGCAGCUCGUAUCCUCUCGCAUCGCCUCGGACAAGCUGAGGUCGCUCAUGCUUUUCAUGGUGGAUUCCUUGCAACUCUCCUCGGCGUACCGCGCGACACAGAGGAAUUGUUCUGCAUUGUGGAUCGUGGGUUCCUCAGCAUCCGUGAUGCCUUAAACGAAGUCGAGAAUUUUACCACCGUGUCCUCGACCUGGAGCAAUCGUAUGUUCGCAACUUAUGCAGAGCCCAUCCCCCCAGUGGAGAUUGAGAUCGUUCAGGCCGGGGAGGGAGGACCGCGCCAGCUAAACCAGACUACAAUUCAAAUACUCGAUGAUGUCCCGUUCCUCUCACCAACAGAAUUUCUAAGGGCGAAGAUCAGAGCAUGGGCAAUCUCUGCACAAGCCGAAGAUGCGACGGACAUUGCAUACGUCCUAGCCCGAUACUGGAGUGUUAUAGAUAUUAAUCGGAUUCCAGAUGAUAUGGAGCGUUUCGUUCAAACAUAUCCUCAGUCGGCGCCGUCUUGGCAGGCGCUACAAGCGCGAUACGAAUAGCAGGACUAUUGUUGGCUUAACAAAGAUCUGAGGCAUUUAAGCGAAUGCCUUGGGCGGAUACCCAGGUCUCUUGUCGAUUUUGUCUUGUCUUUUGGACCGACUUACCUUAGCGACCAAUUGUCCUCCAUCUUUGUAAUUCAAACAUGAUUUUUCGGCAGUCCAAGAUUGAAACUGAGGAACAGAU